AUGCCGUUGAACGCAUCCGUCUCCUUCCUGCAGAGUUCUGCGGUGGAGCCGAUGCAGGUUGAUGCGCCGGUGGAUGAACCCAUGGAGAACAACGAAGAAGUGGAGCAACCUUUUGUUGUGGAGAACCCGUCGUUUGAUCUCGAAACGUAUGCCAACUCCUACACUGGUUACGCCCGCCUCGUCAGGCUUCUCUAUAUUGCCGAUCAUUGUCCUUCGCUUCGGAUCGACGCCUUGAAAAUGGCACUAGUGAAUGUUCAGACGACGUUCAAUGUGCUCUCAUAUCAACAGAUUCAUCGGAAAUUGGUCGACAUCACAGGGGCCUCCGGAGCUGGUGUGAGUGCUGCGGACUCAUCAGGCGACCGUUCCUGUCGAGUGGGUCCCUCUGGAGAGAACCCGAACGACGGAGAAGCACUGAUGCCGGAUGUGGCCCUAGCAGCCGCCCCGCCUCGGGCCCCGCCGGACGUGGUGGCCGCGAAUCCGGACGCGGCUUCGAUCCCUCCUUACGACGCGGCGUGGGUAGAAACUCGAACGAAAAAGGCCGCGUUGAAAUUGGAGAAACUGGACACUGAUUUGAAGAACUACAAAUCGAAUUCGAUCAAGGAAAGCAUUCGUCGUGGUCACGAUGAUCUCGGGGAUCAUUAUCUGGAUUGCGGCGAUUUGACGAACGCAAUGAAGUGUUAUUCCCGGGCCAGAGAUUACUGUACUACUGGGAAACACGUUAUUAAUAUGUGCUUGAACGUCAUCAAGGUCGCCGUUUACCUUCAAAACUGGUCCCACGUCUUGAGCUACGUGAACAAGGCCGAGUCCACUCCCGAGCUGUCGGAAGUUGGGCGUAAGGAGAGUAUGGCGGUAACUCAGACUCAAUUGCGGUGCGCAGCUGGUUUGGCUGAACUGUGCACCAAGAAGUAUAAAGCCGCAGCGAAGCAUUUCCUCCAGGCCAGUCUGGACCAUUGUGAUUUCCCGGAACUGUUAUCCGCCAACAACGUUGCUAUUUAUGGAGGGCUGUGUGCCCUGGCGUCUUUUAAUCGACAGGAGUUGAAACGUCACACCAUCUCGAAUAGUGGUUUCAAGUUGUUCCUAGAGAUGGAGCCUCAGUUGAGGGACGUCAUCCUGCAGUUCUAUGAGAGCAGAUAUGACGGAUGCCUGAAGAAGCUGGAAGAACUGAAAAACUCGCUGCUUUUAGACAUGUAUCUUGCACCGCAUGUCCGAACGCUAUACACGCAAAUACGAAAUCGGGCUCUGAUUCAGUAUUUCAGUCCUUAUACGUCUGCUGACAUGAAGUGUAUGGCGACUGCGUUCAAUACCACUGUGAAGGAUUUGGAGGAUGAAAUCAUUCAGUUGAUUUUAGACGGACAAAUCCAAGCGAGGAUUGAUUCUCAUAACAAGGUUUUGUAUGCCAGGGCCGUUGACCAGAGAAGUGCAACCUUUGAAAAGGUGCUGGAAGUUGGCCGAGAGAAUUUGAAAACGACAAAGGCGUUGAUUUUGCGGACUGCUUUGAGCAGGGCGCAAAUAUGCGUUAAAUCCCCCAUGAGAGAAAUGGCUUCAGGGAUGAUGAACCAAAAUAUAGACGGAAUCGGCCCGACGCAAUCGAACAGCAUCAACUCAAUCCCGCGGAAUUCAUGAAAAAAAACUAGAGUGAUGUUGAAUUUUGUUGAACCACUUCCUGUUUCCCUUCCUUGUGUUGCCUUUUUUUUUUUUUUUUUAAGCGGAAGAGCCGAGCCUUGGUAACGGCCACUUACUUAUGAGCAUCAUGUGUUUUGGCAUAUUCGCCGUGUUUCUCAUACGGCUUUGGGCGGAAAAUGGAAAAAAGCUUUUUUCUGUUUCUCUUUUUCGUUCUUUCGUUGAUCCCUCUUUAUUUUUGCAGAUUCUGUUUUUUUUUAUCGAGUUGAUUUUAUCUUAAUUUUCAAGGAUGUCUUUUCUGAUCUGCUUUUUCUUGCUUCGAAAUUCAGUUUAUUUUUCCCCUUCGGAGUAUUUUUCAAGGAAGCUAUUUUUGUGCUGUACAGUCCUUUUUUUGGCAAUACGUUGUCUUUAUUUCAUUGAAAAUUUUUCAAGUUACUUUCUCCUAUUUAGAAGCCUAUUUCUUCAGUGUUGAAGGCUUCGUUUUUUGUUGCUUUUUCAAACGGAUGUAAUUUUCCGGGCUCUUUGCUCUUCGUUAUUCACUCGUGAAAACUCCGGAAGAAUGUUUUCUUGCUAUAUUUUUCCUCCUUCGAAAUCUUUUUCUGUGGUAAUCCAAUUUGACAUUUUUAGGUGUAAUUAUAUUUUUAUUCCUUUCUAUGAAUUAAAGACUUGAGGGGUUGCCCACGGCAGGAGGGAAGGAACA